AUGAAUUUAUUAAAUAUUGUUAAACAUCUUCUCUACUUGACUCAAACUGAAUAUGGUUCAGAAAAUUCUUCAACAACUGCUGAUGAAAUUUUGACUGCCGAACGAUUAUUCGAGGUUUUAAAAUCUAAAAAUGUCAGCUACUUCACUGAAUUGUAUACAUAUGACACUCUCGAUCUCAACGAUGAAUAUGAUGAACUGAUUGAUGAAGAACAGAGCAAUGAUGACAUUAAUGAUUAUAAUGAAAAUGAGCAUUCUGAUAUAAAUGAUCAUUUUACAUUAGAAGAAAUAGAAAAAGUAGCCGAAUGGGUUGACCAACAUCCAAAUGCUGGACUUGCAACCAUUUCACAGAGAUUUAAAAAGGUCAAAUACAUGUAUAUAUUACAAGAUUCAGACAAUGCAUCGAAAACAACGGCACAAGAUUAG